GUGAGAAGCAGCGGCGGGAGCUCCCUUGAGCAGAGAGCGCGCGGCUCGGGUGGCGGCGGAGGCUACAGCCAGGGACAGAAGAGGACAGGAGGGGCGCCGUCGCCCUGCCAGACCCUCAUCGCCAAUUGUUCCAGGUAGCCAUGAGUAGUGGUUUUGGUGGCCCUGUUUGGCUAAUGGGUACAGCUUGGGCUUUGGUGGUGCUGUGGGCAGGUGCUCUGGGCAUAGAGGAUCGCUGCUUGCCUGGAGGGAAGCACAAAGCAAGUCCAGGCCCAGAAGAACACCUGGACACCUGCAACCUCUAUAGAGAGAAUGCCUGCUGCUCACCAGAUGUUAUCCAGGACCUUUCCAAAGCCAAUGACAUCUACUGGAAUCGCUGUGAGGGCCUCAGCCGCAGAUGUGAGGAGUAUUUUCAGCAAGUGGAAUGUUUUUAUCGUUGCUCUCCCAUUGCUGCCCAGUGGCCUCAUCCUCAGCGACCCACAGCUGUGCUGGCUGUGCCUCUUUGCCAAAAUUUCUGUGAUCAAUGGUAUGAUGCUUGCAAGGAAGACUUGACCUGCGCUCGCAAUUGGCUUACCGACUGGCACUGGGGACCUGAUGGGAAUAACUGCAGUCAGAAGUGCAUUUCAUAUGGCCAGAUGUACAUGGAUGGGAAGGAGCUCUGUGAGACCAUCUGGGAUGACUCUUUCACAGUAAGCACUGACCCCUGUGAGUGCCUGACACUGACUGCUUCUGACCCAGGCAUUUCAGCCUCUCAUUCUCACUAUGAAGAUAGUGACAGCACUGAGGAUCUUGAAACCAUAAAGGUGGACAGCAGAAGAGUGGGCCGCAAAGGGCUUUGUCCAGGUAGCCUCCUGCUCCAGCGUCUGAAAAAGAACCUACAGAAACGUUCUGUCUUCAUGGAAGAUGUGGAGGGAAGCGGGAGUGGGUUCUGAUCCAAUGAAGCCACCCUUCCAGGGGAAAACAACCCCCUCCCCUGUGAUUGCCUGGGUCUCGGGGGGAUCACUUGUGAUCUAUGCAAAUCUGUCAUGUCCCACCUUUACCAGCUUCUUGCCAUCUUGUCUAGCUCUGUGCAAUCUGGGUGUGGUCAUGGAGUAGGAAACAGAUCUGGCACUGUAACUGGGAUCUAGAACUACAGUUUGUCCCUAAAGGGCACCUUCAUCUCCCUCAAGCCUACCCAUGGCCAGUUUAGUCUCCCCAGCUUUCUUCAUUUUGUCUAGCUUGGAAGACAGGGUUAGAGUCUUUUGCUGGUGACAACCUCACUUCCAGCACCUUUCCUGUCUAGCUACUGUCCACAGGUACCUCAAAGAGCUAGUCGUCGCGGUACUUGAUAAGAUUCCCCUCUGGUACAGAAAAGGACAAGGGAGAUGUGCUUUGGCAUGGAACAGGUUUAAGAAUGCAGAGACCGUAUAGGUGGAAAACAAUAGGUGAGGUAAUUGAUGCUGGGCAGGAGGAGUUAGGCACAAUUGCUUACAUAGCUUCAGGUACUCUGUGAGACAGAGUCAAAAAAGGAAGAGCCUUCACUACAUGAGCUCAACAUGGAGGCAGCAGGAUCUAGAGACGCUUCUGGCCAGUAUGUGGAGCCAGAGAGCUACAUAGCUGGCUGAGUGAAGCCAUCACAUAACAGCCAGGAGAAUGCCCUAUCAGAGCAAGAGCUGCUGCAGCAGGACAUAGGCUAAAACCUAGGACUAGCAGGAGCUUUCAUGCAACUCAGAUGUGGGCAGGGAGAAAAGUGUACAAUCAAUAGAUUGCUAGUAGCUAUUACUGUGCAGCAUUUGAGUCAGGAAACGUAAAGUUUCAAGCGCUCUGGAUAAAAGGCACAGCAUCCUAUUAGAAGUGAUGUCAUGGGGUGUUUGUUCUAAUUAGCAACUGGGACUGUCAGUAAAGAGAACAAUCUUACCUUGAGCAGGGGGUGCCCGCCUCAGAGCCCUCCACAUCUUUAUGUGGCAGUUUAAGAAUUUCCUCCAAACUCAACCCGAGAGUAGGCUCAAGUAGAAACCAUCUACAAAUUCCUUCAGAACACUUUAUGAGCUGCAUUUUCAUGCCCUUCCUUGGUCAUGUUUGUUGCAAAAUGCACAUUCUGUAUUGGUUCAAACCU